GGGGAGAGGCAACCGGGGCAAAAAACUCCGGGCCGUGUCUGAAAUAGGAGGGUCUUCUUUGAUGCCCUCCUAUACAGAGGCACCUUCUGAGUCUAAGGAGGAGGAGUAUGUUCCUGAUGGCGAGGAGGAGGAGGCCGAGGAGGAGGGUGAGGAGGAGGAGGCCGAGGAGGAGGGUGAGGAGGAGGGCGAGGAGGGUGGAGGGGAGGUUGAUCCCGCGUUGUGGGGUGACUUGCCACCGGGUUCUUCGCAGGGGUGGCUGCGUGGUAAUGCCGGACUACCUACACCACCUUCUAUCGAGGAGCACAAGUGGCUCAUUGAACCUGUGGGGACAGAAAACUGGAUCCUUCGCAGAAAGGGCCGUAAACCGAACGGCCUUAUCACUGUCCUGUUGAAGGAGUUUUGGCCUGGCCUAUUCUGCCCGCGGCCAGACAGGGACCCGCAGCAGCGGGUUUUGGCCACGAGCUGGGCCCACUACGAGGCUUGCAGCAACGCGGAGUACGGGACGACCGCUAAGGCCGUGAUCACCAAAUUUUGGCAACUCUAUAGAGUUCUUGACGAGCACAAGGCCAGAGCCGACGUGGUCUUGCUUGCGGCUGCGAAGAAGAAAGCUCGUCAGUUGCAGUACGAGGUGCGCUGGGUUGCCGUCUCGCAGUACUACCACUACUACCUGCACCAAAAGAUGACCAAAACUCAAGCGCAGAAGCUACGACUUACCUUGAGCAAGGAGCAGUUCAUGAUGGUUGUUCCUCGUUGGUGCUAUGGAAGGCAUGACGGAUGGGCGAGUUUGGUGGAUAGGUGGCUCGGCCCGGGCUAA